AAAUUUUGCACUGAAAUAAACUCAAACAAAAAUACUCUUCAAUGCAGCUGUCAGUCCAUUAACAAUGAGUACAUCUCAAGGUCUACAGUUAUUGAGGAAGAUUGUUCAACAAUCGACCAGGGAAUAUAAAGGCUUUGAGAACGUUUUGAAGUCGGUGCGCGUUUUAAGUGGUGGUGGUGGCACGUGCAAAUGUGCGUUGCACUUGGGAGAAGAGCAUCAGAACAGGGGCGGCACGCUGCACGGCGGACUCACGUGCACGCUGGUAGACGCCGUGUCCACGUGGGCACUGAUGGCCGCAGAAGAGCCUGUAGCGGGCGUGAGCGUCGACCUGAGCGUCUCAUUCAUGAAGGGGGCACGUGUCGGCGAGGAGAUUGUGGUAGAUGCCCAGAUAUUGAAACGCGGCAAGCGACUCGCCUUCCUGUCCGUGGACAUAACCAACAUGGCUGACGGAACACUUCUAGCCCAGGGCAAGCACACCAAAUAUGUAGGCUCCUAGUGAAGUGUACUUUAAAGGGUAAUCAUUGGAGCAAGAGCUCGGGCUAAGGAUUUAAACGUACUUAAAAGGAUCAUCUUCCUACCUGUCGCUCGGAUUAAGGAUCUCAACCUAAAAUGAACUUCGUUUAUUAUCACCUUAUUUCGUUCAUUUCCGUCAUCCCGAACGGUCUCCGAGUUUGUCCGUAAAAUUACGAUAAUGUAAGCGUAAGCAACAAAGUAAGCCUGAAAUGUCAAGUUCGGUCCUAUACAACAUACGCCAGUCGCAUGAUCCUUUUUCACUUUUUGAGUUUUCGCUUUGAAUUUAAGAUUAAUUUUGAAGCAACAAAAAGAAUAAAUUCCGACCAUGCAUGUUCACUUAUGUUAAUAAACCGCGAAAUUCCCCUGACGGUAGAGUUUAUUUUGUUACAACAUUUGGUGAGGGACACGAAUGGAUAAGUUCAUCUCAGUUAUCAAGUAAUCAUCCAAAUAGAAGAGAAGCCAAUAAAAGCAGGUCGAAUAUUUACAUAUUAUCUACCUCAUUAAAUUUCGAUUUUAGGCUGGUGCAGCAUUUGUUAAAGAAGUUUAAAAGUAAAUUUUGUGAUUUAUUAAUAUAAUCAAAUUAUAAAAUUUCCAGCAUUAUAUACCGGUGAACCUGUACAGUUAUACAUGUUAUAUUAUGCAUUUUACAUUGACAUGACCUGCGCUCUGGAAAAAACUAGGGUUAGGGUUGGAGUUAGAGGUAGGACGUGCAUAAUCAGAUUUUUGCUAAGAAGACACUUUAUUUAAGCGGAAAAUACAAUGAAGGCGAAAUGUGUCGUCCCUGAUUAGCCUGUGCAGACUGCAUAGCCUUAUCUGGAACGACAAUUUACGGACAUGCAUUCAGACCGAUUUUCACAGGGAGCGGUCCAUAUUGCUUCAAAGAUAAAUAGUUUUUAAGAUUAUUAUAUAAAAACAUUUUUAUGAAUAAGGACAUGUUGAAACUAAAUAUAGAAUGAUUUCAAAACAUUGCAUGUUAUGACGUGUUCUACAAAGUUCUCCAAUCGCAUGUUGUUAUGUGUUCUAAAAAAAUCUCAUCUUGUUGUUUUAUUCUCCAGUUGUAAGUUUUCUUCUAUUCCAGCGUUGUUCGUAUUAUUUAUCGUGUCUUAUUUUGUAUUUGCCACUUAUAUGUAUUUACGAAUCUCCACUUCUUUGUUUGCUGUAUUUUCCAAUUUAAGAUAAGUUUUCUCUUCAGUACAAGCUCUUUAUUUUCGCCGAAUGUGUUGGUCUUUAUUCCGCAGUUUGUAAAUUAAGUUUUAACAAACUUUAUUAAACAUACAAGUUACUUUGUUGAUAACUGUGUUCAUUUGGUAGGUCCAACGUACAUAACAAUAUGAAAA